UGCUCUCUGUCCUCCCGCCACUCUGCUUCCGCUCAUCCAUCUCUGCGUCUCUCUCUCUCUCUCUCUUGUGUGUGUGUGUGUGUGUGUGGAACCGUCAUGGCGGAGCUGGAAGGUCUGGAGUUUGGCAAGUCGGACUUUGUCCUUUUGGACGAGGUGAAGAUGGAGCAGUUCAUGGAGAACCUAAAGCUGAGGUUUGAGAAGGGCCGUAUCUACACCUUCAUAGGAGAGGUGGUGGUGUCAGUCAACCCCUACAGACUCAUGGAAGUCUACGGCCAGGAUGUCAUCGACGCCUACCGCGGCCGCGAGCUCUACGAGAAUCCUCCUCACCUGUACGCCGUCGCUGACGCAGCCUACAAAGCCAUGAAGAGGCAGGCCAAAGAUACCUGCAUCGUCAUCUCUGGUGAGAGUGGAGCAGGAAAGACAGAGGCCAGUAAGUACAUCAUGCAGUACAUUGCAGCCAUCACCAACCCCCACCAGAGAGCAGAUGUUGAGAGUGUGAAAAACGUGUUGCUGAAGUCCAACUGUGUUCUGGAGGCGUUUGGAAAUGCCAAGACCAACCGCAACGACAACUCCAGCCGCUUCGGCAAAUACAUGGACAUCAACUUCAACUUCAACGGCGACCCCACAGGAGGCCAUAUCAACAAUUACCUGCUGGAGAAGUCCAGGGUGGUUCAGCAGCAGCAGGGAGAGAGGAACUUCCACUCCUUCUACCAGCUGCUUCGUGGCUCAUCUGAGGAUGUGAGGAGGUCUCUGCACCUGAAGAACGACCCUGCUGACUACCUGUACACCAGAGAGGGGGCCGGGUCUGUGACGUUCAUCAACGACCGCUGCAGCCACAAGGCUGUGCUGAGCGCCCUGAAGGUGAUUGGCUUCUCCGAGGAGGAGAUCAGCUCCAUCUACAGGAUCCUAGCUGCCAUCCUCCUGCUGGGCAACAUGCGGUUUGAGAGUGACGGUGAGAGCGUGCGGGUGCUGGGCGUGGACACGCUCGAACACUUGGCUGAGCUGACCAGCACCGAGACAGCCGAUGUGAGCCGGAGCCUGCUGUACCGCGCUGUGGCCACCGGGGGCGGGGAGGUCAUCCUGAAGGGACACUCCCAGACGGACGCCUGCUUCGGCAGGGACGCUUUUGCUAAAUCCCUGUAUGAGCGUCUGUUUGGGUGGAUCGUAGGCCGCAUCAACACUGUUAUAGAGGUGAAGGACUACGACCCAGUGCUUCAUGGGAAAAACACAGUGAUAGGAGUGCUGGAUAUUUACGGCUUUGAGAUCUUUGACAACAACAGCUUUGAGCAGUUCUGUAUCAACUACUGUAACGAGAAGCUGCAGCAGCUGUUCAUAGAGCUCAUCCUCCGGCAGGAGCAGGAGGAGUACGAGAGAGAAGGAGUCACCUGGCAGCACAUUGACUACUUCAACAACCAGAUCAUCGUGGACCUGGUGGAGCAGGCUCAUAAAGGCAUCAUGUCCAUCGUGGACGAGGCGUGUCUGGGGGUGGGCUCCAUCACCGACACUAUCUGCCUGGAGAGCAUGAACACCAAGCUGGCUCACCACCCCCACUACACCUCCCGCAAGCUGAGCCCCACAGACAAAUCCAUGGAGUUCCAUCGGCACUUCCGUAUCCGCCACUAUGCAGGAGACGUCACAUACUCCAUUGAGGGCUUUUUGGACAAGAACAAGGAUCCUCUCUUCCAGGAUUUCAAGCGGCUCAUGUAUAACAGUGCUGACCCAGUGUUGAGAGAGAUGUGGCCUGAUGGUCAGAUGAGCAUCACCGAGGUGACCAAGAGGCCCCUGACCGCAGCCUGCCUGUUUAAGACCUCCAUUGUGGCCCUGGUGGAUAACCUGGCCUGCAAGGUGCCAUACUACGUGCGCUGCAUCAAGCCUAAUGACAUGAAGUCCCCGGUGCUGUUUGACGCGGCGCGAUGUCAACACCAGGUGGCGUACCUGGGCCUGCUGGAGAACGUCCGGGUCCGCAGAGCCGGCUUUGCCUACCGCCAGCCCUACGCUCGCUUCCUGCAGAGGUACAAGAUGACCUGUGAGUACACCUGGCCCAACCACAUGAUGGGCUCCGACCGCCUGGCAGUGGAGGCCAUCAUCACACAGCACGGUUUCCAUGACGACGUAGCCUACGGACAAACCAAGCUGUUUGUGCGGACGCCCCGCUCUCUCUUCACCCUGGAGCAGGAGAGAGCGGCCCUCAUCCCCAUCCUGGUGCUGUUCCUGCAGAAGGUGUGGCGUGGUGCUCUAGCCCGGAGGCGGUGCAGGUGGAUGAGAGCUGUCUACUCCAUCAUGGGCUGCUACCGGCGCUAUAAGGUGAAGGCCCACUUCUGGGAGGUGGAGCGUCGCUUUGCUGGCGUGCGCAGCAUGCCGGACUACGGAGGGGGCGUGGAGUGGCCGUCCCCCCCCGCUGCCCUCGCCCACUUCCACUCCAUCACCAAGACUCUGCAUCGCAGGUGGAGGGCUCGACAGAUGGUGAAGAACAUCGCUCCGUCAGUCAUGGCGGAGGUGCGGGCCAAGGUGGCGGCGCUGACGGUGCUGGCGGGGGAGAGGAAGGACUGGGGGUGUGGACGCAUCUGGGAGAGGGACUACCUGGGCAGUGUGAGGGACUCCCCCCAGAGCAGCUGUGACUUCCUGCGAGUGUCCAAGGAGCUGCGGGCCAGAGACCAGUUCAGCCAGGUCCUGUUCUCCGGAAGGUGUCGGAAGGUGAACAGGUUCAAUAAGAACACAGAGCGCUGUCUACUCAUCACAGACACACACAUCUACAAACUGGACCAAAAGAAGCAGUUCAAAGUGUUGAAGAAGGUUCCUCUAGACGAUGUUAGCGGGCUGAGCGUGACCAGCGGGGCUGACCAGAUGGUGGCGCUCCACACCUCCUCCCAGGACGACGUGCUGCUGUGUCUUCAGGGGGGGGAGCUCCGCCCCCUUCACGACCGCGUCGGAGAGCUGGUGGGAACACUGGUCGACCACUUCACACGGGGGAGGAACACUCCUCUACCAGUGAAGGUGUGCAGCCCUGUGCUGCAGGUGCACAUGAGGGGGCAGGCCCAAGAGUGUUACCGUGGAGACCAGGGCCGGCCAGACACACCCUGACUUCCGCAAGAGCCGAGACGGAUUCAUCCUCCUCAUCCCCUCCACCUGACCCCCCUCAUCCCCUCCACCUGACCCCCCUCAUCCC